CUUCUUCCUCAUCAAUUUAGGUUAUUGUGAUUCACUGGUUGAGAGGGGUUUGCUUUUUUUUUUUUUUUUUUAGCAGAAUGGCUAAGUUUGCAGCUGUCUUGCUUUUAGCUCUUUUUGCUAUCUCGAUGCUCCAAGCCAUGGUCAUGGCAGCACAUGGGCAAGGAGGCCAUCACUAUGACAGAAAACAUUAUGGACCUGGGAGUCUCAGGAGUUACCAAUGCCCAUCACAAUGCACGAGGAGAUGUAAGAGGACUCAGUACCAUAAGCCAUGCAUGUUCUUCUGUCAGAAAUGCUGCAGGAAAUGUCUGUGUGUACCACCUGGUUAUUAUGGUAACAAGGCUGUGUGCCCUUGCUACAACAAUUGGAAGACCAAGGAAGGAGGACCCAAGUGCCCUUGAACUUCAAAACUUCUAAUUACCACAUCAAAUACUUGUUUUCAACUGAAACUACUCAAGGGGCACUAACUCUACAUAUAUAUUUAUAUAUAUAUAUAGUUAGUACGUUCUCUUUGGGUUUUGUACUGGGUUUGUCUUCCUUGGGGUUAUAACUUUUAUUUAUAAAUAUAUUAAAGUAUGACGAUGAGUUGAAUACGGUUUUGUACCGCUAUUGUUGUCACUCCAUGACGGUAUUGUAUUGGCUAGAAUGAGAGUGGCUAAUAUUAUUUAUAUAAUUAUCAAUGAAACAUCUUCUUUUGCUGCUUUAGA